UUUCUAUACUGUUAGCAGCAAUUAGUGUAUCUGUGGUAUUCCUCAGCCUACAAAACGCAAACUUUAGUAGCUAUGCAAUGAGUAUUCCUCAUAAACUCAAAACCCACUUACGAUGAAUAUGAGUGUAUUAUCAUGACUUAGGGAUUGAGCUCUGAUAUUCAGAUAAUCAUUGGUAUUCCUUCACUUUUUUGGGCUCUGAUAUUCAGAUUUUCCGGCAGUUUCUUUCAAACAAGGAGCAGAGUUUGGAUUGAGGGAGUGAUGAGGAAGAGAGAGAAGAGAAUGGAGUUGCCGUGUGGGAGUAGGAAAUCAAAGAGUUUUAUAAUCAUGAAAUAAAUUAUAAAACGUAGUUAAAACUCUAUAAAACUCGAUGAUAAGAGUUUAGAAAAGUUUGUCACUUAUCUUUAUAAACUCUAUAAAAGAAGUAGCAGGCUUUAAUACCCAAGAGAGCGAGAAAGAGGGAGAGAGAUCGGAAUGGACGAUCCUCCAGGCAGCGAUAUGUGCUCGGUCUGCCAUGGCAACUUCGACACUCCUUGUCAAGCCAAUUGUUCUCACUGGUUUUGUGGAAAUUGUAUUAUGCUUGUUUGGCAUCAUGGAUCAGCACUUCAGCCUUGUAAAUGCCCACUAUGCCGUCGUUAUAUCACUUUGUUGGUUCCAAGUGAGGCUUCAUUAAGGCAGGCUGACAGACCAGAGGUGGCUGAGAUUCUAGGCAAAGUUGAAAGGUACAAUCGUUAUUUUGGAGAUCAUCACAGAAGUCUUAUUCAGAGAGGGCAGGACCUUCCUUUUUUCCUGCGGAGGCUGCUGCGAGAACUAAUUGAUCCUAAUAGAUCUCUUCCUCCUCGUAGGAUGGCUCAGAUCUGUUUUGCAAUGAUAUUGUUAGCAAUCUACCUAGUCAGUCCUGUUGACCUUAUUCCGGAAGCAAUCUUUGGUUUACUUGGUUAUGUGGAUGAUUUCAUCGUGGCGCUCGUCAUCUUGUUUAAUCUUGCUGCCAUUUCUCGGUCGAUACUCUAUCACCGUCAUGGAGGUUCCUGAACUGUGCAGUCACGGCUUACGGCAAUUUUAAAUUUAAAACAUGGAAAGGAGGAACUAGUUUUGAGUUCGUAAUAGCAAGCUGGGAAUUUUUCUUUGUUGUAUGGGGGUCAAAUAAUUGGACUUGAUUCACCUCAUUGGAAUAUAGGAUUUUAGAAGUGAGCCAUCUAUAUGUUGCAAUGUAGUUUCAGUUGAAUUUGUAUACAUUUUCAUGCUCAAUUACGGUGAAUUACAAAUGAAAUUAGAAAAUGUAGAACCUUGUGUUGUCCAUAUGCACUGGCAUUGUAGGGGCCA